AUGUCGCGUUUUUCGCCUCUUGUCAUUCCUGAGGAUACACAUGUGACUAUCUCUGACCGUGUGCAGAGUGGCGCGGGCAGCAGUCGUCUGACUUAUGAAUUCAUCUCCAAGGACCAUAUUUUCACUGGUCCUCCUGCUUCUGGAGAAACAACCAACGCUGCCCAGAAUGGCCAUGUGAAGGAAAACUCAGGCCUUAGUCCUCCUGCCUCUGGAGAAACAGUCAACACUGGCCAGGAUGGCUUUGACUGUGUGAGAGACGACCCGGCCUUCAAGUCUGGCUCCGGAAGCCUCCAGGCCAAAAAGAGGAGAUCCUCUGAGCAAGAAGAGGGGCAAGCUGAGAAAAAGAAGAAGAUCUCUGCUCUUCUAGAGGACAUAACUGGAGAGAAAAGAAAACUUCUCCACAAAAAGGAAGGGCCCAGAAAGAAAUCUAGGGUCUCUGAAGAAGAGGAGGCCCACAGAUCGUCACUGGAACCCCCAAAGGAAAGGAGGGCCUACAAGUUAGCGUCCUCCAACAAAAUCUUUGAGAAAAAGUACCGGCAGCUGAACCUGCUAGGAGAAGGAGGCUUUGGUUCUGUGUACGCUGGCUAUAGGAGAAAAGAUCACCUCCCUGUGGCCAUCAAACGCAUACCAAAGGACUCUGUCAGCUAUUACAAGGGCAUGAUUCCUCUGGAGGUCGCUGUUAUGCAGAAACUGACCUUUGGACAAGAGGUUGGGAAAUCUGGAGUCAUUUCCGUCCUUGACUAUUAUGACUGGGAUCAGGAGAUUGUCCUGGUCCUUGAGCGUCCGGUCCCUGCAGUCGACCUCUAUGAAUAUAUAGAGGACAGAGACGAGGCCCUGAGGGAGAGAGAGAGCUGUCACAUACUGAAGCAGCUGGUAGAGGUGGCGUCGGAGGUUCAGUCGAAGAGGGUGUUCCAUGGCAACAUCAAGCUAGAGAACAUCCUAAUUGAAACCAACUCUGACGCCCCUCGGAUCAGACUGAUUGACUUCGGACUAAGCUGCUUUGCAAAGAAGUCAGCAAAAUACAGAACCUUUGACAGCACUUCUGAGCAUAUCCCACCAGAGUGGCAUAACCACGGCACCUAUACGGCUGGUCCAACCACGGUGUGGCAAAUCGGGGUGGUCCUCUAUGACCUGAUGCACUGGGGCGAGGAUCUCUUUGAAACAACAAAGUUCUUCAGUGGUGAAAUAUCCAUCCGUGCUGAUCUGUCGACAGACUGCCAGGACAUGCUGCGCCGCUGUUUAGCAGAAGAUCCAAACCUGCGUCCCUCUCUGGAGGAGCUGUGCCUUCAUCCCUGGCUAGCAUAA